GAUCUUCCAUACCCUCCGAGCAGCAAACAAGUCACUCAUCGUCUAGCGAUGACAUCGGCAAUCAAGGACCACACUGCUGUAGAGGAACCUAAGCCUCUUUUUCCUCCACUCUUGUCCCGGAAAUUCAACAUUACUGAUGUUAAGCAAGACGUGCUCAAGUGGAAUAAGGAGUGGGAAGCGGCGAUCGCAUCGUCAACCGCAGCAGACGUCCUCAAGGAAAUCUCUCAUUUCUUAGAUGAUUCUUUCCUUACUCCUGAUGACAUCGAGUUCUUCCACCGGGAUCUUCGUCACGUCCAAGAUCAUGUAGCUGGAAUCCUGCGUAGCGUGUUUGACGAAGGUCACUUUGAUACCAUCUGGUUGUUGUUGAAUGUCGCUGAGCAGAGGAGACAUAUCCUUGAAGGGCUGAAGGGGGCAUCUGAAGCACCUACGAUUUGGGGGCAAGAUUGUCGUGCUCUUUGCCCAGAGGUCACAGUUUCGAACUUCUUAACGCAGGGCGGGAAGGGCUUCGUUGACUUUCUCACUCGUGUCUUGGAGAUAUCCGAGUCAUCCACUAAGCCAGCAUUCCUACCAAACUCAUGGUGGGAACAGGCGUCGAACUUGCCAAAUUCACGGUGGGAAGAGUGCUUGGAUGUUUCACUUCGACAACAGAUAUCCCAAAGCACAAAGCUUUUGUUCGAAGUCGCGACUAUCAAUAGGAAUAAGUUUAUUGCGCAUUUUGUUCUAUCCUCGUUGUUGUCGAUCACGCAUGACAUCACCAAUCGCAGCGAGGGGAUAAAAGGAGUUCUGCACAUUAUGGAGAAUACCGAGGGAUACGUCGCUGAAACUAUAGCGCAUGUCAGAACGACUCUUAGGGAUAAACCUCUUAUCCGCUGCGAAAACUGCACGAAAACGCCAGAAGACAUCGGACAAGGUGUUUGCUUCAUGGUGUGCAGUGUUUGCAAAACAAAACUCAAGUUCGAGGUACAUUAUUGUUCUCAAUCUUGCCAGAAAGAUCACUGGUCCGUUCACAAAAAGGCUUGCGGCAAAAAGAAAGUAACACGGGGUCUGAGCGGAACAAAGGGAGACCCCCUUUGGGCAUUCAGCGACUCGGAUCCCGUCGCCAAUCUUAUCCGUUACCUCCCAAAGGAUGGGAGGUUCACUCUCCGAGAUAUUGGAGUGAAUCCCUGCAAGGGCAAACGCUCUCCCGCUGCGGAGCGUCAAGCCGAGAUGCUUGAAGCCGACAAAGAUGCUGAUUACUUCCUUUUCACUGCGAGCGGCGAACGAAUUCGCUUUGUGAUCGACGAUCUAGGCGCGAAAUUCGUCUUCCGGACUCAUCGCGGUGUGAUGAUGACGCAGCCAACUGAUACUAAGGGUGGUGCUUGUGCUCUAGGGGAGUAUAUGCUCAAAGCCAUGAGCAAAUAUCCUGGACUGAGUCGGGACAUUAUCCUGAAGCAAAUAUGCGCGGAAUAUGGAGACGACAUUGCCGAAAAGAUCGUGCGGUUGGAGCGGCAGGCUCAAGAACGGGGAACGGGCACAUUCAUAGAUACUUGGUUGAAGGAUUCUUCAAAAAUAUAUGGGAAUUACUCCUGGCUCGCAUUGCUAUGAGCAUCUCGAAGUGUCUAUGCGUGUGUUUUGUAUGUCAAAGAUUGAGUUUUCACUUGCGGCCGCCAACCAUUUACUUCUCUAUAAAAGCUCUACUUGGUCCUACGUCUUUUGGUUUUGUCUUUGCCGAUCAUCUUCCAAGUGUAUAGUAUCCGUUAGUCAGGUUGAACUUCGGUCAUGUUGAAUCCAUCUACAUUCUCCAUGUCGCGCUUGUCGUAGCCAACAUGUCCUAACAGUUUAAUCGUUACUUAAGUUCAC